AUGGUUUCUGUAUCACAACCCAGGCUUCCUGUAAUCAACAUGGACGAUUUGCAGGUGGGAAGUGAAGGUUGGAUGGUGACAUGCGAGAAGGUGACACGUGCCCUUGAAGAGUAUGGCUGUUUCAUGGCGAUAUAUGAAAGGGUUUCUAAAGAGCUGAACAAGGAGGUGUUUGAUUCAUUAGAAACCCUAUUUGAGCUUCCCACAGAAACCAAGAUCAAGAACACUUCUGAUACGCCUUUUUAUGGCUAUUUGGGUCCGAAUCAUACUCGUCCACUUUUUGAAAGUUUGGGAAUCGAGAAUGCUACAAGUUUUGAUCAUGUUCAACACUUUGCAAACCGUAUGUGGCCUUCCGGAAACCGCGAUUUCAGUGAAAAUAUAAAUUCCUAUGCGAAUCUGGUCUCGGAACUGGAAGCUAUGGUGAAGCGAAUGGUGUUUCAAAGCUAUGGAGUAGAGAAAUAUUACGAAUCCUAUAACAGAUCAUCAAUGACCUAUCUUCUUAGAGUAAAUAAAUACAAACCUGCAAAAACAGGCGAGUCAAACGUAGCAACGACAGCGAUUCAUACAGAUAAGAGCUUCUUUACCAUACUUAGCCAAAACCACGUGAACGGGUUGGAAGUUCAAACCAAGGAUGACAAGUGGGUAACUGUUGAAUUCUUACCCUCGUCCUUCGUUGUCAUGGCAAGCGAUAUAUUCAUGGCAUGGAGCAAUGGCCGAUUGAGAAGUACUCGUCAUCGAGUGAUGAUGAACGGGCAAGAAGACAGAUACUCGAUAGCUUUAUUCACGUUUAAGAAAGGGAUUACAGAAAUACCAGAAGAACUUGUUGACGAAGAACAUCCAUUAAGAUUCAAGCCGUUCAAUCAUCUCGAGUUUAUUGGUCAUCAUUCUAAAUCUCCACUUUACGUGGAUGAGAGAGCCAUAAAAGUGUUUUGUGGAGUUUGA